CUCUGGGCGGCGCGCGGCGGGAGUGCAGCGGCCCCUGGUGCACGGCCUCUUGGCGGUCACCACGCUGGGUCGGCCCCCGGGGCGGGGCGGAAGGCGGGGCCUCGAGCGAGCGCGGCCGCCGGCGACACCCGGACAACGCGCCGGCGGCGGGGCAAGGAGGGCGGCCCGGAGGGCAGCAGCCCUGGCCCGCGUGUGCGGCCCUCUCUCGCACUCCUACGCCGAGCUGGCUGUGCCCCGGCCACGCCAAACGCGCAGCCAUGGUGGGCCGGCUGAGCCUGCAGGAUGUCCCCGAGCUCGUGGACACGAAGAAGAAAGGCGACGGCGUCCUGGACAGCCCGGACUCGGGGCUGCCCCCAAGCCCUAGCCCCAGCCACUGGGGGCUCGCGGCGGGCGGCGGUGGGGAACGCGCUCCGGUCCCGGGGACGCUGGAGCCCGACGCGGCAGCGACCCCAGCCAUCCCGGUGAGUUGCCUCGUGCACAGACUUCUCCCCGUGCUGGCCCACCCGGAGCCCGCUCCAGGACUCCCCAGCGCUCGUAGUCGGUUGUCGGUGCAGCCACCCGCCCGUCGAGACGGCGUGGCUAUAGCCGGGAGCCGGGGCGGGAGCGCAGCGAGAAAGCCUGGCCAGCUGGAGCCAGUGGCUGGAAAAUUGUCAUCGCCUGGGAGGCGCGGGAGCCCCGGGAGAGGCGAGCCGCGGUCUCCUCCCUUCGAGGUGGUGGCCCCCGGGGCUGCCAAGCUGUGGCUCGACCACAUUCCUGCCGGGGCGGGCUGGGUGGGGCUCCCGGGACACGGACAGGGAACCCGGCCCUCCCCACCCGGGGGCCUACGCCCCGAGGCUUUGCUCCCUAGGCAGCCUCCCUCUGCGGGGACCUGGGAGAGGGGUGUGUUCUGGGCUCGCGGCACAAGGAUGCUUGGGAAGCUCCAUUUAGGUCCUGAGACAGAAGCAGCUGGACUCAGGACAGCUUCAUGCUGGCUUGUGUCUCCCUACAGGUAUACUUCCUCGGUCAAGUACGACUCUGAGAGACACUUCAUUGACGAUGUGCAGAUGCCCCUGGGCCUGGUGGUGGCUUCCUGCAGCCAGACAGUCACCUGUAUCCCCAAUUGCACUUGGCGAAACUAUAAGGCCGAAGUGCGCUUCGAGCCCCGCCACAAGGCCACGCGCUUCCUCAGCACCACCAUCGUCUACCCCAAGUACCCCAAGACCGUCUACACCACCACUCUGGAUUACAACUGCCACAAGAAGCUGAGGAGGUUUCUGUCCAGCGUGGAGCUCGAGGCCACAGAGUUCCUGGGUAGUGACAGUCUCUCGGAUGAAUGCUGACUCAAGCUAGCUACUCGGGGUUGGGCCUGCUCUUCACACACUGCCCUGGCCCCCAGACCAUCCUGGACAAGCUGGGUGACGCUUUGCUCUUGCACGUCACCCCAGCCCCAGGGGAGUCUAACCUGGAGAUACCUCUAAGCCUAGCCAGGGGAAGGAGAAAAAAAAAUCACUGCAUCUUAAAAUAAUAGAGAAACUUGGCUUCGUUUAAAAUUUUUCGGAUAGUUUCUUUUAAAGGAGCAGGUAUAUGUAUGUUCUGGUUGGUUGAUGCAGUUUCCCCAAAGUCUCUGUUUGGGGGAAAUCAAAGAUAGGCAGAACAAAAGGACGACGCCAUCAGGACGGGCUGAGGUGAGCUUGUCCUCCAUUUUCUGAUGAAGAAAGUGGGACCGUCUCUGGAGUAGAAAGAGUGAAUUCUAAGAAAUUUCAGCCACGCAUAUCUUGAAAGGGAGCUGCCUCUGGGGGCUGUGAUGCACAGAUGUGCCCAAUCUGGGGAGACUCCCGUGCUGGACCAGUUUUUUGUUUCCACUUCCUUUUUUUUCCCCUGCUAAUCCAAAUUCUUAGUAUUAUCAAAAUCUUUUUCAUGAUAUUAGAGGAGAAAAACAAAAACCACAAAAGGAGAUGCCUGUGAAACAUAAGCUCUCUGCCCGUUCCGCCGUCGUUGGAUUGGGUAAACAGCUAGCCCGGUCUGGGGCACUACCCGUCUGGUUCUCAAAGGUUGGUUCCAGGCGCGGGCUCUGGAGCAGCCCUAGCAUGCUUGGCAUCUGGUUAACAUCUCCCUAGACUUGUGUAAUUCUGCUCAUAGGUAUUUUGGGGUUUUGAAAUACUUUCCUUUUUUUUUUUUUUUUCACAAGGCAAAAAUGCAGCAGAGGGCUCUUUUUGAGAGAAACGGCCUUUUGAAAGAAUGCUUUGGAAAAAAACGCAUGUUGGAAGUGCAUGAAAAGGGACCCCGCUGUGGGCCGCCAUGCCUAAGAGCAGCUGCAGUAGGAGGAGACAGACUCAGAUGUGACUGGGGGGAAUUGGGUUUAACCCAAAAAAGCAAGCAAUAUUGCUUACCAUCCAGAGGAAGCUAAGAUGAAUUCAGGAAUGGGAAAGUGACACUGUGGCCAUGGGGGACAUUUCUUCUGUACCACUGCACCCCAGAAGUGACGAAUCAAAGGUGUUUCCCGGCCAACUUAGAGAGUCCAGCUGAGCCAGCCGCAGUAGCAGGGACAAUGCUGACCCAGUGGGUGCUGUGCACCAGGCUGCCCCUGCUCCCCUGCCCCUUAGAACCCCCUGCCAGGCCCCACAGUGCUGCAGGAAAGAAAGUGGCAAACUGGGUUUGAUUCCAGCACUGGAAAGAACGAGCUGUACAUAUUUCCUCUGAAUACAUCCAAAUCAUGUCAAGUGGGUUACAGCGGCUCUGUCUUCUGUGAUGUCUCUGGGUCUCUGAGCAUGGUUUCCAUCUGUCCAGAAAGCAGAAUUGAGAACAAGCUGGCUCCCCUGGGGCUACAGCAGAGACUUGUUAGUAUGGUAAAGAGGUGCAAAGAUAAUCACUCUCGUUUGAAGACUGUGGAGCUGUCUAGAGCCACAGCCGCCUAGUCCGUGCCCCCUGCAGACGGCAGUGCCGGGUCUGUUGUGCUUUUAACUCAUCUCUCUGGGCAGAGAGGUUGCUGGCUUCAGGGUCUCAGCUGACUAGGGUGCAGCUCAGUUGGAAACACUGGGGCACACAAGCUCCUCAGUUGAAGUCAGAGUAACAAAUGCUGCUUGGCUUUGGGAAAGCAGUUAUUGGCAAAAGUGGGUUUUCUAUCUCACUUUAUAAUGUCACUGAAGUGGGAAAUACAAUUUUUUUUUUUUGCAAAUACCAUUUUUUCCCAGCACUCGGGAGGCAGAGGCAGGCAGAUCUCUGUGAGUUCGAGGCCAGCCUGGUCUAUAAGAGCUAGUUCCAGGACAAGGCUCCAAAGCUACCGAGAAAUCCUAUCUCGGGACAAAAAAAAAAAGCAAAUACAAUUUUUUUUUGGGGGGGGGGAGUGGUUUUCCAAGACAGGGUUUCUCCUGGCUGUCCUGGAACUCACUCUGUAGACCAGGAUGGCCUCAAACUCACAGAGAUUCACUUGCCUCUGCCUCUUGAGUGCUGGGAUUAAAGGUGUGCACCACCCCCAAGCAUAAAUAAAAUCUUUUUUUGUUUGGUUGGAUUUUUGUUUUGUUUUGUUUUGUUUUUUUCUGAGACAGGGAUUCUCAGUAGCUGUGGAGCCAGCCCUGGAGUGUGCUCUGUGACCAGACUGACCUUGAACUCUGCCUCUGUCUGAGUGCGAGUACUGGAAUUAAAGGUGUGCGCCACCACCGCGGGGUGCAAUGCAAUUUUUAAAUUAGGAAAAUCACCAACGCUUUGCUCUGCCCCUUUGGAGACACGUGUUUUGGGUUCAGAAUGAUAUCUUAAGAAUUUUCUCCUUCUCUGUCUCUCUCUCUCUCUCUCUGGUCUUAGUUAAGUUGGAUCAUGUUAAGUUCAGGCAGAACAUUCUAGGUGUGGAUGGAACCAGAACUGUAUCAGUAAGUAGAAGCGAGCGACUGUGGAUAUCUACUGGGGAUGGAAAGGUGGUUUUUGCGCCGUGAGGGUCUUCUUCAGAAGCCAGCUCUCAUUCUCCAAACCUGCCUCGAACGCUGUAGGCCCGGAAGCUGCAGGCAUCCCGGAGCAGCCUGAUGGAGGUGUCGCCAGCCGAGAGCAGAUUCCCCAUAGUUGGCAAAGUGGAAGAGUUUAAAACUCACUCACUUGACAUUCCUAAGUGUGCGUGAGAGACCGGGUGUGUUCAUUAUGAAGAUUUUUGCUCUGAUUCUUAAGUUAUGGCUGUUGCAGAUGCUGUGUAUUUCUGGAGAAAGGUAGUCUUCCUUUCAACCGUCUAAAAGCAGACUUCAUUUGAACAAGUAUCUUCAUUUCACGUGUUCCCUGUUUUUAAACUUAGAAAAUAUUUGACACAGCAAAAGACAAAAAAAAGUUUUAAAAUUACCUUUGACUUCUGUUCCACUCCAUUUUUGCUUUGUGACUUCUCCAUUUAACAAUAAAUUAUCUACAACAUAGAA